AUGAGGGCAAACGCGCAUCUCCCUCGCAUGGACCUGCGCCUCAGCCUUACCCUGGCGGCCUUGCUCUUCCUUUUCCUCGCCUUGGCCCAGCCCUGUGUAGCCGACCGAGAACUGUUCAAGUUCGACUUCUCCAACACGACCCUUCUCACGACAGUGAACGGCGCGCGCAUCCAGGGUAGCAACCUCCAGAUCACCACCCACGACCCCGAUGGCAGCGGCUUCUUCACUGCCGCCGCCUGGUAUUCCGAGCCGGUGCGAGGCGAGAGCUUCCGCACGAGCUUCGCGAUGCGGUUCACCAACUACACGUUCCAACACAACGGCAACCAGGGCGGCAUGGCGUUCGUGGUGCGUGUCGCCGACGGCAAGGUGGGCGUCGUGGGUCCCGGCUCCGGCGGCAUCGGCUACGGCGACGCUGGCCAGGCCGGCGUCACCGGCCUCAGCCGCUCCCUCGCCGUCGAGUUCGACACCUUCAAGGACGAGAGCCUGGGCGACCCGACGCGCAACCACUACCAGGUGCACACGCGCGGGAAUGAGACCAACUCGGCCUACCAGUCGGCGGCGGUGGGCGCCUACAAGAACGAACCGUUCUUCAACGACAACCAGCAGCACAACGUCAUCAUCGAGUACUCCCAGGGCAAGCUGACCAUUACGGUGGACGGAGCGUUGGAGCCGAUGAACAUGCCUAUGGACCUGGACGAGCUCUUCGGCCCCAUCAGCGGCGGCGUGAUGGUGGGCUUCACGGGCUCCACCCAGGGCGUGGGCGAGACCCAGGAAAUCCUCUCGUGGGACUACGUCUACCUGGGGAACACGGAAGCGGGCAAGAGCGAGGCCUACGGCCCGGGCAAGGAGAAGUCGGUGGCGGGCCAGGAGGGCGAGUUCACCAUCCAGGCCGUCGACCAGUUCGGGUACAACAUCACCGUGGGCGGCGAGAACUUUACCGUCACCAUCGAUCCCACCACCCCCGACCCACUCGCCGCCCCCGUGGAGGUGAUGCUGAAGGACAACGGGGAUGGCACCUACUCGGUGUCGUACCGCGGCACGACGGCCACGGCCUACACCGUGCACGCCCGCUUCCAGGGCAGCGACAUCAAGGAGAGCCCGUGGACCAUGACCAUCGACCCGGCCGACAUCGACCCCGCCCAGUGCACCGGCUCCGGCUCCUUCACCGGAGGAAUUGCCGGUGAGCAGCUGACGCUCGAGGUGCAGGCCAAGGACACCUUCGGCAAUAAGGUGGGCAAGCAGUUCACGGAGGCCACCUUCAGGGCGCAAUUCUCCAACGGCCUCGAGGCCGACUUCGCCGCCGAGGGAGACGAGGGUCUCUACAAGGCCACCUACGCCAUCGACCAGCAGGGGCUCUACUCCAUCGAGGUCCUCUUCGUCGCCAACGCCACCACCACCAUUCCCAUCCAGGGCACGCCCCUCCCCAUCAUUCCCCGCUGCAUUGGAAGGCGACGGCUGACAGCCCUGCAAUGCCUGCGAUCGCCGUGGGCCAAUUGCACGAUCGUGCCGGCCGACCCGGAGGCGGCCGAGUGCUACGCGCAGGGCGAGGGACUGCAGUUCGCCAUCGCAGGCGCCAGCGGCAACUUCUCGAUCGUGCCGCGCGACCGGUUCAACAACACCCUCCACGCCGGACUCCCACCCUCGUUCGCCUUCAAGGGCGCCGUCACGGGCGGGUCCGCCGACCUGCCCGUCACGAUCCAGGCCGUAGCGGGCGAGAACGGCACCGUCACCUACGCCGGCUCCUACACCGUCACCACGGCGGGCGCCUACAGCCUCGAACUCUUCCUCGGCGAAGCCCACAUCGCCGGCUCGCCCUUCCCCCUCUCCGUCAUCCCCAGCAAUUCCACGUGGGGUCCGGAGUGCGUGGCCUACGGGCCGGGCCUGAGCGGCGGCGGCGUGGGCCAGACGCGGUCGUUCGUGAUCCAGGCGAGGGACCCCUUCGGCAACAACAUGACCGAGUCCAACGCCACGUUCACGGUGGUGUUCACCAGGCAGCAGCAGCAGCAGCAGAAGCAGCGCACUGGCGGCAAGGAGGAGGAGGAGGCGGCGGCGGUGGAGUACAACAUCACGCGCGAUGCCGCAGACAAGGGCAAGUUCCUGGUCUCCUACCGCACCGUCGUCGCCGGCCAGUACUCCAUCGGCGUGUCCCUCGAUGACAAGGAGAUCAAGGGCAGUCCCUUUGCGGCGACUGUGCUGCCGGGCGCGCUCUUCGCCCAGGACUGCGUGGCGCGGGGCUCGGGCCUGACUCGGCACGAGAAGAACGUCAACAUGAAGUUCACCAUCUUCACCGUGGACGAGUUCGGCAACUCGCUCGGCAAGGGCGGCGCCCUCUUCCUCGUCGACAUCAGCGACCGCUUCACCGCGUACACCGGGACGGGCAAGGUGGAGGACAACGGCGACGGCACCUACGGGGUGACCUACAGCGUGCCCAAGGCCGGGCACUACCGCCUGCGCGUCACCACCGCGGGCACCAACAUCCGGGGCAGCCCCUGGUUCUUCUCCAUCGACGGCGAGUCCAUGCCCGAGACGGAGAAGAACCUGAUCAUCGCCGGCUCGGUGAUCGGAGCGGUGCUGGUCCUGGCCUUCGUGGUGGGCCUGGUCGUCCUCUACGUGCGCAAGCGAAGGAGCCAGUACACCGUCCUCGCCUAA